CGCAGGUUAACUCUGCGUGUGUGUAUCACUGUGUGUGUGUUCUGCAGGUGUGGUGGUUGCUGCAGGCCGAAACUUACCGAGUCCAAGAGCUGAAGAUGGACCACUGACGUCCAGCAGCCAAGAAAACAGCUCACGCUCAACAGCCGCCUGAACAAAUGGUGAAGAAAUGAGAUUUAAAUGAAAAGGAAGAAAAGUUUUGGACAGAAAGUCUCUUCGUCUCCUCCCAGCUCCUCAUUCAUUUCAACAUGUUUUCCAGCCGAAAACCAAGACUCAACUCAACUCACCAUAAUGUAUCAGCCACGACAGUUCACCCCAUCAACAUCGUGUCCACCACCUACACUAACACUAACACCACCCUCGAUCCGAUUGCUGUCGCUGUUAGCAACUUCUUCUAUGACUUUCUGGACAAGAUUCCCUUGCCUCAUUGGGCGAUCUACACCAUCUUUGCGAGCGGCGCUCUGCUGAUUCUGCUCUGCUGUCUGUGCAUCUGCAUAAAGUGCUGCUGCAAAGGCAAGAAGAAGAAAAAACAGAAGAAGGAUGAGAAGAUCAACAUGUUGGGGGUGAAUGGGACCUCCACCACAGCUCUGGAAGCUACUUAUGGAGAAGAAGCUGUAGAAAGCCACAGCACGCUAGUAAACAGCAUACAGACACAGUCAAGAGAGCAGCUGGUUCAGCCAGAUGUGGCAGAUGUGGACUACGGCUCUACGAAAAAGCACAGAGGGAAGCUGCUCUACUCUCUAGAGUACAAAGCCGCUCUGUCUGAGCUCACAGUUGGGAUUAAACAAGCUGACAGCUUGAAGGCCAUGGACGUGGGAGGAAGCUCGGACCCGUACAUCAAAGUCUACAUCUGCCCCGACAAAUCCAUAACCUGUGAGACCAAAGUGUUCAGAAACACGCUGAACCCCAUCUUCAACGAACAGUUCCGCUUCCAGAUAUCCAAGUCCUCCCUCCUGAAGUCGACUGCGGUGAUGAAGGUGUUCGACUUCAAUAGAUUCACCAAACACAACAUCAUUGGUGAGCUCAGGGUGGAGCUCUGCAAUGUCGACUGGAACCACGUCAUCGAGGAGUGGCAGGAUCUCGAUGAACCGGCCAAGUUUGAGGAGGAAGAGUUGGGAGAGAUCUGCUUCUCUCUGCGUUACGUUCCCACUGCUGGCAAACUGAAUGUGGUGAUCCUGGAGGCCCAAAACCUGAAGAGCAUGGACCCUGGAGGAUUCUCAGACCCGUAUGUAAAGGUGCAGCUGGCUCUGGACAAGAGGAAGUGGAAGAAAAAGAAGACGUCCGUUAGAAAGAAGACGCUGAACCCGUAUUAUAACGAAUCCUUCACCUUCGACGUGGCAUUUGAACAAAUCAAGAGGGUGAACCUGGUUAUCUCUUUGUGGGACCACGAUGCCGUGUCCCGAAAUGAUGCCAUGGGGAAGAUAUUCCUGGGCUGCGACGCCACAGGGAACCAGCUGAGACACUGGGCCGACAUGUUGUCCAACCCGCGGCGGCCGGUCGCUCAGUGGCACAGCCUGCUGUCGGCCAAGCAGGUCAACUCUACGCUGAACCUGAAAAAGAAGAUCCCCCUCCGUGACAAACUGCCCCUCUGAUGGGAAACACACAGGAAAAUCAUUUCCAAUGCACCAAAUGAAGAGAUUUAAAUAUUGUUUCAAGACAAUCCCUCAAAUUUGAGAUUAUUUUAUCUAUUUCAUUGAUUAUUGAUAUUUUGUAUUAUAAAUGAAAGAUUAACAAUUAUAUUUUAUUACCAAAUCAUAAAGUCAUAUUUUAGUUUCAAACAUGAGCACUUCUCUCCACCGGAAUGAACUGAAUCGUAACUCUAAAGAAAUCCCAUUCCUUUAACUUUAUAGGACCUUGCUGUAGUUUGAAUUAUCAUCAUAUAUAUGUGUCCAACUCUUAAAACUUCUCAUCGAAGAAUCCAUGAGAUGCUUGAAUGCUGUAGUGAAAGUUUACAGUCACUGAUCAGACAGUUUCUUCAAACCAUUGAUGUCUGAAUCCCUCGCUGCUGUCCCUAAACAAGCUGUAAUGGGAGCUGAAGUGAAGAUUUUAUGUUGUGGAUUCACAUGUUCAGUGUUCAAGCAACGAUUUUAAAGUUAUAAAUGUUAUUACCAUUGUUUAAGGCUCCACAUCUGGACUAACACGUGGUUGGCUGAUUCAACUGCAGUAUUUUAAGUGCUGGUUGUGAGAGCUGAGAGAUAAAGUAACAAGUACAUUUAAUAAAGGAAUGUACUUAAAGGGAAAGUUCACCAAAAAAAUGAAAAUUCACUCAUUAUCUACUCAGCACUAUGCCGAAGGAGGGGUGGGUGAAUUGUUUGAGUCCACAAAACACUCUUGGAGUCUCAGAGAUAAACAGUGUUUCAGCCAAAGUGACCCCUUCAUCAGACCAAAUAAAGGUCCACUCCUGGAAGGGGCGAUGCUAGCGGGCGUAUCCACAUGAACGUGCAGCCCACAUGUUCCCUUGGGCAAGAGUGUGUGCAUUGCUCCAAGGGGCUAGAGCAGUGGUCUUCAACAGGGGGUCCGCGACCCCUAGGGGGUCCGCGGGGGUACUGCAGGGGGGUCGCGACAUUUUUUCCCCCCACAAAAUUAACUUCUUCAGAACCAGAAUUGUAUAUAUUGUCUUUAGAUACACAUUGACAUGAAUCCGACAUAUUUUAGCGGACGGAUAAAUUGAGGCAGAAGACGUUAUCUUUCACUCAGCAAUGCACACAUUCAGCUACACACAGGAGCUCUCUCAAGCUGGGCACCAGUUCACAGCCCCUUUCAUGCAAAUACGACAACACAGGCACUAGCCAAUCAGAUCGUGUUUAUGCUCACGUCUAAAGAGUGCGAAGCUCAAAAAUAAAAGAUGGCGGACCAAACUCUGUAGAUGGUCGUAUUUGUACCUAAAAGUUGUUUGUCUGACUUUUUUUUGCUUAGAUUUUUAAAAAUUUACAUAGAAAUAGAUACUGUACAAUGUAAAAAAAACAUUACUGUAACUGAAAAAUAAGUCUGAGAGGAUUUGCGAGGUGUCUGAGCCACCUUUCUAAUGUUAGCAUGCUACUACCCACAAGGGUAGUAUUGAAUGCACAAUAAAAGGGUAGCUAUGUUUAUACAUGGCACUAGGCCCAGAAUAAUAUAAACAUUAUUUUAUGCAAUUUAUAUAGUAGGGGGUCCUUGCUCCAUCUCGCCAUCAGUUUGGGGGACCUUGGCCUGAAAAAUGUUGAAGACCCCUGGGCUAGAGGGUAUGUGAACAAGCCUCCUAGGAGGAUAUCAGAGGACAUGUGGGCAAAAUAUGGGCCGAAACUGAAUUUUGCUAUGUGGAUGAGUUGACUUUCAGCAAAUAACAUUCAGAUACUAUUAAACAGCCGAGUCAUUAAUAGUUUGUAUUAAAUCUCUGCAGUGAACAUGGCUGUGCCAUCAGGGGCACAGUGCCCACUGGAGUUUACUCAAGAAAAUAAAAGCUAUCCACUUUCAAACUUCUAUUUCCAAAUAAUAUCCCAGAGUGGAGGUUAGGAUCGAAAAUACGGUGGGACACUGGUGCGUAAUGCUGUGUGAUAGAUGCACGCGAAUAGACGGAUGAGGAGGAAACGAGUGUUCAGCGAUCACAACAAGUUUUGGGCCCCUGACGAUGGAGAGCUUUUAUAGAUUCUAUAGAUCUGUGAUCUCUGAUCUUGGAUCUUUGUGCUGAACUGAGUCCAGUAUCACACAGAUCGACCGACUGGACCAAAACAUCACAGUACAAACAGAAGCAUAUGAAAUAAUUCUGUAAAAUUUUAUAGAUUAAGGACAUCACAGCUGUCUAUGAAAUUAAUAAUCCUGCAGUUGUGGAUGAUUAAAAUAUCACGUGAUACAAGUUCCCCCACAUUCUUAUUUUUUUGCCUCCACCUUUGAAUUGGAUCUUUUUUUAUUUUAGGCUCCGUUCUUUCUAUCGUACUCACUCUCACUCACUGUAUCAUCAUCAUCAGCAGCAGCAGUGUGUCUGUGUAUUGUCUUUAUUAAGGACAUCACUGCUGCUCCAUAAAAUCGCAGUUUACCCCCACCUCACUAACAAACACCUCAUUGUCGGUGUCAAAAUGGAAUAGUCCAUGGAUCCUAACAUCUUGUAGCAAAGAGUAAAGGUCAUUGUUAACUACUGUGAAGUUUGCAGGCUUAUGAAGCGAGAUGCUGAUGUGUAAAAAAAAUUGGGAACUUGUUGAAAGAUAAUGCUUGUGUUUAGCCUUAAACUCAAGAGAGAAAAUUAUUCAGAUCAGAUGAAUCCCCUGGAUCUUUUUUGCUCACUCGCCUCUCAGGCUCUCGGGACUCUACGGUGGCUCCGAGAGCUCAAAGCACUGAAACUUAAGAAAACACACACAAGUAGACAAAACACGGGCAAAGUAAGAAAAUAUCUUCAUCAAUUUGGCAACACAACACAUUACGCACAACACAACACUUUACAGAAACGCUCUGCAAUUACACAAAACGACAACGGAAGUGUUAGUCACUUUGCUUGUGUUUUGUCUCCUUGCAUGUUUUUUCUUAAGUUGCAGUGCGUUGAGCUCUCAGGGCCACCGUAGGACUCCCCUGACGAAUGAAGAGUUAAAUAAAAGCAAUCAAGCUGAGUUCAGCACAUGUCUCUUCCUGCUGCUCCGAUUCUCCAGAGAGCUUCGUCAUUAAAGAAGAGUCCCCGAGCUAUGCAGAGAACAGAGGGCUUGGUUUUGGUCUUUACUCAGUGAGCACCUGAUGCUAAAAUACAACUUCUUUUUAUCUGAAAAGAGAAAAUGUUGGUCGCAGAACUUGAGUAUUUAACUAGUCUAAUACUUGUGACAGCAACAGCUGAUACAUAUAUUCACAUACCUAUCAAAGGAUAAUCUAAGCCAUGAGGUGAAGAAGCUGCAGAGCUCAGAGACAGGACUGUGUCGAGGGGCACAGAUCUGGAGAAGGCUAUGUGUGUGGCAUCAAAGUGUCAGUGGCCUCCAUAGUUCUUAAAUGGAAGACGUUUAUUCCAGCCAAAAUCUGUGGAGAGCUGGUCACCAAACUGACCAAGGACCUUAUGAACAGAGGUGAUCAAGAACCUGAUGGUCAGUCUGUCUGGGCUGCAGAGAUCCUGUGUGAACACGGCAGAUCAAGGUUGAGCUUUAAAUUGGGCUUUAAUGGUAGAAUCUAAGUUAGAAUCUGUGACGUCACCCUUCACUGUGCAGUUAUAAAUGAAAACCGGUGGAAAUCAACCUUUAAAUGUGAAAGGUUUUUAAACAGUAAAACUUUAAGACAGUGAACUGACUGCUGCAAUUUACAGCUUUAAAUGUUUGUGUUUAAAAUGGAAAUAUUAAAUAAAAAAUUGCCUAUUCUA